UCUUGCCUUUACAACAUUCUCCCAUGCCAAUGGCUUCUUUCCUUAGCUCAAGGACCCUAAUGGCAUGCCUGGCUCUUGCUCUUACUAUCUGUGUAAAGGGCACCUUAGGCGGAGGCGGGAUCAGGUGCGAGAAUCUAGGCAAAGAUAGCUGCGCGUUUGCAGUGUCAUCAUCUGGUACUCGAUGUGUUCUGGAGAAGAAGGUGCGAAGAAGUGGGGAAGAGGUGUACACAUGCCGGUCAUCAGAGAUCGAAGCUGAUAAGUUGAAGGACUGGAUUGAAAGCGAUGAGUGCAUUGAAGCAUGUGGGCUCAGUCGCAACAGUGUGGGGAUAUCAUCUGAUGCCCUUUUGGAGCCUUGUUUCACACAGCACCUCUGCUCUUCCCACUGCUAUGCCAACUGCCCCAACAUUGUCGAUCUCUACUUCAACCUCGCUGCAGGAGAAGGUGUUUUUCUUCCUAAAUUAUGCGAAGUCCAAGGAACAAAUGCUCGUCGACAAAUGUCGGAGAUCCGAAGCUCAGGUCUGGUAGCACCGGCACCAGAGUCCGGGCUGUCUAUGAAUUAUCUCGUGGCUCCUGCAGUGGCACCGGAAACCAGCUUGUCCAUGGAUUACAUCGUCGCACCAGCAAUGUCACCCUAUUAAUUAAUUAAUUACCGGAGCGAUCAAAUAUUGAAAUAUAGCGAGAGGCAGGGAGCUCCGGCUCACACAUGCAGAUAGAAAUCUUAGAAUGUUGGUUACUUUACUGGUAAAGUAAAUAUAUAGCAGAAUAAAAGUAUUUAUACACCUUUGA